GCCCGCGGCGCUGGGCCGGAGUGCUGGGCCGGAGCCCCGCCGCGCUGCCAUGGCGCCGAGGCGGCGCCGGGGCCUGGCCGCGGCGGGCUCCCUGCUGCCGCUGCUCUGCGCCCUGUUCCCCGCCGCCGCCGCCGACACCAGCACCGGCCGGGGUUGGUUAAAAACUUAUGGCUACUUACUUCCAUCUGACAGCCAAAUGUCUGCCUUGCAGUCGGGAAAAGCUGUGCAGUCCGCAGUUGCCACUAUGCAGCAGUUUUAUGGGAUCCCAGUAACAGGAGUUUUGGACCAGACAACUAUUGAGUGGAUGAAGAAGCCUCGAUGUGGAGUUCCAGAUCAUCCCCACCUACGCCAUAGCCGGAGGAAAAAGCGGUAUGCUCUAACUGGACAAAAGUGGAGGCAGAAGCAUAUAACCUACAGUGUACACAACUAUACCCCCAAGGUUGGAGAGAUUGAUACAAGGAGAGCCAUUCGUCAGGCAUUUGAUGUUUGGCAGAGAGUGACACCACUUACCUUUGAAGAGGUCCCUUAUCAUGAAAUUAAAAAUGACAGAAAGGAGGCAGAUAUUAUGAUAUUUUUUGCUUCUGGUUUCCAUGGAGACAGUUCUCCAUUUGAUGGAGAAGGUGGAUUCCUAGCUCACGCUUACUUUCCUGGACCAGGAAUAGGAGGCGAUACUCACUUCGAUUCAGAUGAGCCAUGGACCCUGGGAAAUUCUAAUCAUGAUGGGAAUGAUCUCUUUCUGGUUGCGGUCCAUGAGCUGGGACAUGCGCUGGGUCUGGAACAUUCCAAUGAUCCCAGUGCUAUCAUGGCUCCUUUCUACCAGUACAUGGAAACACACAACUUCAAGCUGCCCCAGGAUGACCUCCAAGGAAUUCAGAAAAUCUAUGGUCCUCCUGUUGAGCCCCUGGCGCCAACCAGGCCUUUACCGACUCUUCCUGUUCGCAGAAUUCACUCCACUUCGGAAAGAAAACACGAGAGACAGCCAAGACCUCCUAGUCCUCCUCUGGGUGAUAGGCCAUCUCCUCCUGGCAUGAAACCGAACAUCUGUGAUGGCAACUUUAAUACCGUGGCUCUCUUUAGAGGAGAAAUGUUUGUUUUCAAGGAUCGCUGGUUCUGGCGUCUGCGCAACAACCGAGUGCAGGAAGGAUAUCCCAUGCAAAUUGAGCAGUUCUGGAAAGGCCUCCCUGCAAAGAUUGAUGCAGCCUAUGAGCGGUCUGAUGGAAAAUUCGUUUUCUUCAAAGGAGAUAAAUACUGGGUUUUUAAAGAAGUGACAGCAGAGCCAGGCUACCCACACAGUGUGGUGGAGCUGGGGAGCUGUCUGCCCCGGGAAGGCAUCGACACGGCUCUGCGCUGGGAGCCGGUAGGCAAAACCUACUUCUUCAAGGGUGACAGGUACUGGAGGUACAACGAGGACAAGAGAGCAACAGACCCAGGAUACCCAAAGCCCAUCACCGUGUGGAGAGGAAUCCCUCAGGCUCCACAGGGAGCUUUUAUCAGCAAAGAAGGCUUUUAUACCUACUUUUACAAAGGGAAGGAGUAUUGGAAGUUCGAUAACCAGAGGCUGAGCGUGGAGCCAGGCUACCCCAGGUCAAUCCUCAAAGACUGGAUGGGCUGUAACCAGAAGGAUGUUGAACGAAGCAAAGACAGACGCCUCCCCCACGAUGACGUGGAUAUUAUGGUGACAAUAAACGAUGUGCCUAGCACUGUAAAUGCAAUUGCAGUUGUGAUCCCUUGCAUUUUGUCUCUGUGUAUCCUUGUCUUGGUAUACACGAUCUUCCAGUUUAAAAACAAAGAGGUGCAGCAAAAUGUUGUGUAUUACAAAAGACCUGUCCAGGAAUGGGUAUGACACAGCCUGCUGCACAUUUCAACUCGUUGAUCUGAUGAGGACUAUGGACAAAAAACAAAAGAAAAAAAAAUUCAUUUGGAAGCCUACCAGACAAAACAACUUCAGUGACCUACAAGUUUUGGACAGCCUGGACUGAAAGAAGCAGGAAAACUGGAAAAAAUACAGGCAGCCUUGCAGCGUGGAGCCUCUUCCCUUCUUACUGCCUCAGUCGUGUGUUAGUCUUGGUGUGCCAUCUGCCACAGGCUCACUCUGCUAACAUCAGAGUCUUCAAGACAGGUUUCAACUGACCUGGGAAACUUCCUUCAGUUCCCUGCACCAGUGCUCCCUGUUAAACCCAGCAUUCUCCAGUGUAGCUAAACCACCUCUGAACAGAACCAUUUUUUUAAUAGCUGUCUCAUAAAUGAAUUACAGUCAUGAAAUCUAUGAACAGGAACAAUUCAGUAUCAUAAGCAGAAGACAUUCUGAUGCUGAACCAUUCUAAAAGAUCUUCUUAGUUUAUUACAAAAUCCAGGGAAUUACCUGGAUACAAUUUUCCAAUACCUGCUGGUCAGAUGUUUUGUACAUUCAUAACUAAUGAACGCUGCCACUCAGCACAGUGCAUGAGGAACCACUAAGCACUCAAAGAGGUAAACAAGUGCAGAGCAGAAGCUCAAGAAACACCAAACCAGACACCAUAAUGUUACCUGGCAACAUCAAGCCCUAGAUUGGGACAAUCUGAAGACAAAGUAAUUGGGUCUAAAAAAACCAAUCAUCAUGGGAAUACAUUGUUUUUGUUUUGGGAGCCAUUCAUGAAAGAAAUAUUCAAAUGUCAUAUGAUGUUGUUUUAAGCUCCCAUCAGCAAGAAACAAUGAACCAAUGGUUACUGAUAUACUGAAAAAUAUGUAUAGACGUAGACUGCACUCUGCCCCUGUUAAGAUGCUGGGAAAAGAUGAAUUGUUGUUAUGUGGCAUGUAUAACUAGAUUGUGGAAUUUGUAUGUUGGGUUUCAGGAGAAUGGAAAUGUUUGUUUGGAGUGAGAUCGUCAUUAUAUUUUGCUGAAAUAGUUGAGAUACAGUAAGAAUUAGGCCUGUUUAUAAAACUAAAUCCAAUCCCUGUAGAUGUUACAAACGUAUGCCUUUGAAAUUUGUUUUUUUGUUUUUGCUCACUUCUUCACAGGCAAGUAUUUGGCAAGGACCAAAGGAAGCAUGACACACAGAACGAGUUCAUCACUAGCCACAUUUGACCCAGACAUAAAAAUCAGGUAAAGGCUAGAUAAAUAUCUGAACUUUCAGCUAGUAACUUUUCAGAAGUCUCUUCCUACAACAGUAGCUUCUGCUUAUCCCUCUUACAGUUGUGAAUGGUUUAGGAUGCUGUGUCCUAACCACAAACUUCGUCCGUUUUGUUGUUGAUGCCGAUAUUUCUACCAUGUUAAAUAAGAGUGGAAGAAGAGUUUCUUGCAAUGCAAUGUAAUGGUGAAGUCCAGCCCUGUACAGAAGUGCCAUUUACGUAAGCACAUGAACUGCUUUGCACACUGACUAUAAGGAAUAGGUGAUUAGCGUAAGCACUCUGCCUAUAACUGAAUUUUAUUCAGUGCAAUGGAAGUGCAAUGCACAGAAUGUCCAGUUAGUAUAGAAAAAGUAUAGCUUUAUAAUGUCAGCUAUGAAAAAAAAAUCCAAGGAUGACAAAAUGCUAAAAAUAUUCUUAAUUACCAUGAUGAGGAAUGAAGAAGCAGAAAGAUUGUUAGCAUUCUGAAUUUCUAACUAGUGCUCAAAUAUUGCUAUGGUGAAGCAAAGAUAGACAAAUAGAUACUUCUAGUGAAGCCCACUAGGACUGCAUAACACAUGGUCUCAAACUGUAUUUUGUCCUUCAUAACUGAUUUCCAUAGCCAAGCUGUUUAUUGUGUUUAAACAUAAAAAAAAUACUACAAACAUAUUACAAAUUAAGUGAGAAGCUAGUAGAUGCAAACUUUGAAUUUUAGUGAAAAAAAUGUGAUAAUGCCUCAUGAUGGGUGAAGGAGUGCAAAGGACCAAAUGAAAUCGGAGCUACUAAUUAGGACACCCCCCCCACAUGCUACUCUGUAUGUUGCUAUGUGUACUAUAUAUGUGGUAGAAUGCACACUAUGAACGCCACAGCCACAUGGCACAUCGAACUCAUCUGUACGCUGCCAUCUCUUCUGGGACUGUGACAGCCCAAACCUUUGAGCAACUUCCAACAGCCAUCAUUAAAAAAAAAAAAUAAUUUACAACCUA